CUUUCGGAAGAAGCCUCGCGGUGCCCAGCUGGGGAACGUCACCCUCGCGGAGCGCAGAAGCAAGCGAGGGGUCGGGUGGUUGCGGCGGCGGCCCGCAGAACUGCGCGCGCCGUUCGCUUUCUUUCCAUUCGGCUGCCGUCGCGGUUGGCUUGCAGUCUGACACCGGGAUCGGGCUGGUGAGUUCUGGCCUCUCGACCCAGGGCCGAGCGGGAAAGCGAAACCGCUGGGUUCAGCUAACGGCGGCGAGGAGCGCGCACUCGCUGGCCCGGGGCGCGCCUGGCCGAGCACCGCCCGCGCCCGCCCCCGGACUCCUCUAUAAGUUUCGAUUCUCCCCGGAGCAGAGUCCCGCGCCGCGGCCGGCGAGCGCAGCGCGCCAUGGCGGACCCGGAGGUGUGCUGCUUCAUCACCAAAAUCCUGUGCGCCCACGGGGGCCGCAUGGCCCUGGACGCGCUGCUCAAAGAGAUAAGGCUCUCCGAGGGGCAGCUCCGCGAGGUGCUGGAGGAGGCUGGGCCCGACCGCUUCGUGGUGUUGGAGACCGGCGACAAGGAAGGGGUCACCCGGUCCGUGGUGGCCACCACCCGAGCCCGGGUCUGCCGUCGCAAGUUCUGCCAGAGACCCUGCGAAGACCUGCACCUCUGCAAGCUCAACCUGCUGGGUCGGUGCAACUAUUCGCAGUCGGAGCGGAAUUUGUGCAAAUAUUCUCACAACGUUCUCUCAGAAGAGAACUUCAAGGUCUUGAAAAACCAUGAGCUCUCUGGACUGAACAAAGAGGAAUUAGCAGUGCUCCUCGUCCAAAGUGACCCUUUUUUUAUGCCCGAGAUAUGCAAAAAUUAUAAGGGAGAGGGUCGAAGAGUGGUUUGUGAUAAGUAUCCACAGUGUGAAAGGCUCCACAUCUGUGAGCACUUCACCCGAGGGAACUGUGGUUAUACGAACUGCCUCAGGUCCCAUAAUCUGAUGGACAGAAGGGUGCUGGCCAUCAUGAGGGAGCAUGGGCUCAGCUCCAGCGUGGUUCAAAACAUCCAGGACAUCUGCAACAGCAAGCACAGCCCAAAGAAACACUCCGGGCACAGAGCUCCUCUGGCCUAUCGUAGAGACCCGGCCUACAGAGGUAGAAGCAAGAGCAGAGACCGAUCAUUUCAGGGAAGUACAGAAUUUCUUCCAUCGGCUUCAGCUCCUACUCCAAAGUCCUGCACACCUGCUCCAAAUCAAAUCGGCCACAAGCCUCCCCUGGAUGACAUGCCCGUAGAGGACCUGGCCCACAGGUUCGUGCGUUUGGGAAGUCAGGAUGGCCCUCAGCCCUCCCCGGUCCCGCCUCAGGCUGAUAAUCUCAGAGGAAGAGAUCAAGUAGGAGGAAGCCUGCAUUUUUCAGAGAAUGGCAGCCCAGAAGAUCUCUGUUAUGGGAAUCAAGGUAGCAUUUACUUCCCUUCUGAUUCAGUGCCUGCUUCCAACCAGAAGGGCCCUGCAACCUGGCUGAAUGGCAAAGGCACUGGUAGAGAGAAUUUGUUUCCUCAGAGUCAAGCUGCCCCUGGCUCUCCUCUAGGUUCUCCACAAACACCUGAUGCCAUAACCGACAGAAAGAGCGUGGGCAUGCUCUCCUCGGACGGCGUGAACACCGAGGGCAGAGGUGGGAAACAAAAUGUCCAGUAUGUCCCACUUUUUAAUAAUAAUGUUGAUGGAAUGGCCACAGAUAUAAGUUCCACAAGACCUUUCAAUCACAAAACCGCAACCAGUAGACAGAGGGAAAAACCGUUGCCUAGGAAUCGGGACACCGGAACCACGCACAGUAAUCUCCAAACCACUGGCAAAAUCACAGAUGGCGAUGAUCCGACAGUGGCAUCUGUUAACAGUCAAUACAGAGAGAAGACAAUUUGGGCUAAUAAAUCUGUCCACGGUGCACUAAAUGGCUCUAGUCAAGUGGCGGAUGAAACCAUCAAAGUCAAUACAGCUGGUGCCACCGGUUUUGACUUCACACGGACAUUCAGAGGGGAUAAAAAUGCAAUGUGCUUUGGAAGUCAGAGUCUGGAAACCCAGGUCCUGCCGACACCUCGGGAGACCACUGUCCCCACCUCACAAGUCCGUACUCAGUCCAAGAUGCCACCUUCCACAUCCUCCUCAAGCAACAGAGCUGCAGCCUAUGCAAGCCAUGGUCAGAACUCUGCCAGUGAGCUUGAAAGGACCCCAAGAUGUGCUCUGUAUUCUGCAUCGGACGUUGAGAGUACCGGCUCUUCCAGGAUGGAUGAUAGUGGCUCGAAGGAAAUUUGUCUUGACCAUCUGUGUAGGGACUGUCAAGUUGAAAACUGCAACAAAGUUCACUUCCACCUCCCUUACCGGUGGCAGAUGCGGCUUGCAAACACCUGGAUGGACCUCCAGCCCAUGGAGAAUAUUGAGAAGGCCUAUUGUGACCCCCAAAUCCGCACCUUUUCUAUUGGAAAUAAAGACAUCGAUUUCCAGAAAAUGACUUGUAAUUUUAAUCCUAUCCGACGCAUCUCCACGCCUUCAUCUGUCACAGCGCUGACCAAUUUUGUCUUUGCCACGAAAUGGAUUUGGUACUGGAAGAAUGAAUCGGACGAAUGGGUUGAAUACGGAGAGGAGACUGGCAAUCAGCAAGCUUCAACCAUCGACUCUUCCUACCUGGAGUCCUUCUUUCUAUGCUAUCCAGCGGGCGUUGUGCCAUUUCAGGCGGGUUCACAGAGCUACGAACUGAGUUUUGCGGGCAUGAUUCAAACAAAUGUAGCUUCCAAGACCCAAAAGGAUGUUGUCAGAAGGCCAGCAUUUAUGUCUUACAAGGCUGUGCAGCAGAUUAAAAAUGGGCUCAAUUGUCAGCCGGCGCAGACCCCGUCAGACCCUCUAUCCUCGACAUUGCUUCCUCAGUGGGACUUUGGCUCGAGUGGAUAUGAGUUGUUAGAGAUCGAUAAUCGUUGUCCGGAAUAUGCCAUGAUAAGUGACUAUUUUAAAACUUCCAUGAAAAAUUUCAAGAUUGAAAAGAUAAAGAAGAUCAAGAACACAAAGCUCUUGAAUACUUUUGAAAGGAAAAAAAUGAAGAUGAACAACAGAGUGGAAAAAAUUCUGUUUUAUGCAACAAGCCGCAUCCAUGUGGAGUCUAUCUGUAAGAAUAAUUUUGACUGGAUCUUACAUGGAACUGGUGAAACCAAACAUGGAAAAGGAAUUUACUUCACAAAAGAUGCCAUCCAUUCCCAUAAAAAUUGCCAGGGUGAUACCAAAAACAUCGUUAUGUUUGUAGCUCGAGUCCUGGUUGGAAAUUUUACGCAAGGAGAGAUGGGAAGCACCAGCCCUCCCCCACCACCAUAUGACAGCUAUGUGGAUAUAAGGUUGAAUCCCUCCGUUUUUGUCAUCUUCGAGAAAAAUCAGAUUUACCCAGAAUAUGUGAUUGAAUAUACUGAACUAGACAAACCCUGCGUGAUCAGUUAGGAGUGAUGAAUACAGAGUCAUAAAGGAGGCCAUCACCCUUCUCUUCACUUACUGAGCCAGAUUGCCCCAGAUAAUACAUUUUUACAUUUCUCAUCUAGUUAUCAAAUGCCUUAGAUCAGUGGUUCCCAAACUUUGCUACACAUCUGAAUCGUCUGGGAAGCUUUUUAACAAGUCCAAUGUUCAGAUCGCACCCCGUGCCAACUAAAUCACUGUUUCUGGUGUGAGAGCUGGGCAGUGGUACUUUUUUUAAAUCCCAAGGAUUCAAAUGUGUCAUGGAGUUUGGGAACCACUGUCUUAGAUAUAACUGAGAAAGACGGAUUUCUAAAACAUCUGUAACUGCCAACAAGUUUCUCGCCCAGCUACUCUUCGUUUACUGUAUGACAUGGUUAAAUCUUGGUUAAAUUGAAAGAAAAUUAAUUUGGGCAAUUUGAGAGAAAUCUAAAAAUGCCUAUGGAAGUAAGGACAUAAGACCGUACCGCCUUGGAUAGAAGAUUAUGGAAGGUUGUGGGGGGCGGUUAGGAAAUGCGGUGGCGGUGGGGAGGAGAGAAAAGGUAAUUUAAAUGCCAUUACAGAUGUAACUGUACCGUACCUUCGUGGUAAAACUGAGUUGGGGCACACAUUUCUUUAUAUCUAACGUUUAUUUAGGGGACCCCAUCCAGGCUCGUUCUCUGGAAUGCAAUGAAAAGAGCCACAAACUGGGGCUCAGAGAGAAGCAGCCAACUGGAGUUAACUGCCCAUUUGGGUUCUUUAUAUAAUUAUGGCAGAGUAGACAUUUAUAUUCCUAUAUAUGAUUAUAGAGAAGGUUUUCAGGUUGGACUUUCAGGAAGUGUCUGUAUUGUGGGGGGUCUGAGUUGUAGUAACCAGACUCACAGAAGCAUGACUGAUAAACCUGUGCUAGUGUAGUUGUUCGCUGUAACAGAUGAGGAUCACCGAGGAAUUAGGAGCAAGGCCAUCCCUACUGAAGGAUAGGCCCCUUAAGGAGGCGAGAUUUGUUUCUUGGUGAACACGGAACCAGAACAAAGAGAACAAUGCCUCAAACAGGUCUUACACCUGCAAGGGGCUUCUUUUUUUUUUUUUUUU